AUGAAGUUGGUUGAUAUUUUAUUCGUACUGAGUGCGGCAGUAACCGUUAAUGCAGUAUUGGUCCCGUUUAAAAAAGAUGGUUCACUUCAAUCAUCAGGCACUUCUAGUCAAGUGUCUGAUCCAACCAAUGAACCUAAUCCAGGAACUUCAAAUGAAUAUCAGCAAGAACCAAUGGAUUUAAGCUUUUCUGGUCGAACCCGACAACGAACAGUAAUUGUGGCUGGUCCAAAUACUUAUAGUCAAGGCCAACGACAAACAGUAAUUGUAGCUGGUCCAAAUACUUCUAGUCAAGGCCAACGACAAACAGUAAUUGUAGCUGGUCCAAGCACUUCCAGUCAAGUCCAACAAUCAGCUAAUGAACCCAGUUCAGGUAUUCCCGAUCAAAACCAGCAACACCCAACAGGUCAAUCCGGUUCAAGUACUUCCGAAGAAUACUGGAAACGAUUAUCUGAUAUAAUUGACUCGAGUACUUCCAAGCGAAGCCGGAAACGCCCAAUUAAUGAAAGUAGUCCAAGCAGUUCCAAACGAAUCCGGCAGCAACCGAUUGAUCAACCCGGUCCAAGCACUUCCAGCCAAGUCCAUGAACAACCAAUGAGCCAAGACGAAUCUGCCAAUACUAGUUCAAAUCAAAUGACUGGAUUAAAUGAAAGAGAUCAGAAAGUUCUUGAUCGUAUAAAGGAAAGACUUGCGGAGUCUAAAGAAAUACGAAGAAAAAAACGCCAAGAAUAUAAUGAUCAUACAGACCUUGUAUUAAAUCAACAGUUGGCGUUAGCAAGAGGAGAAGAUAUAUCUGAAUCAAAAUACGACCCAAAGGAUGAAAUCAGAUUGAAACAAGAGUGUAGAAAGGCAAGCAUAAGAGUACAUGGUAUCACACAAGAAUUGAAAAGGUUUAUGACAAAACAUGGUUUAGAAUUUGAAGAACCGAGUUCAGAUUCAGAUCAAUGA